GGGGACGCAAGCGAAGCAGGUCAACAACACCGAUCAGGUAGUCAGAAAAGCCGGCCGGGCUGCACAUACUGACUGAAGAGCUCAGAGUCUAACGUGGAGCCGCGCACGAGCUGCCGACGCGUUCAGCCCAAACGUUCGCGCCGACCGGAACCGUCAGCUCCACUCAUAGACUGACAAUAAAGUGGCUGUUCUUCUCAUCAGCCAUGGCCCCCAGCAAAUCCAAAUGCGCUGUGGGCUUCAUAGCGGCGGGGGUCUUCAUGCUCGUCUUUGGGACGGUCAUCACCUUUGUGGGACCGAUAAUCAUCGACGACCAGAUCGUGAAGAACACAGUGAUCGACCCGAAGAACGAGAUGUCCUACACCAUGUGGAAGGACGUGCCCGUGCCGUUCUUCAUGUCCGUCUACUUCUUCCACAUCCUGAACCCGAAUGAGAUCCUGAACGGGGAGAAGCCCAUGGUGGAGCAGAGAGGCCCCUACGUGUACAGAAAGCGCAUCCAGAAAGACAACAUCACAUUUCACCCCAACUACACGGUGUCCUACAGGGAGUACAGGAGAUACUACUUUGAGCCGUCGAUGUCUGUCGGGAACGAGUCUGACGUCAUCACGAUUCCUAACAUGUUGGUGCUGGGCGCAGCAGUGAUGUUGGAGAACAUGCCCUACGUGUUGCGGUUGUUGAUCAGCGCCACCAUCAACGGGUUCAAAGAGGGGCCCUUCCUGACCAAGACAGUCGGGGAGCUGAUGUGGGGCUACGACAGUAAACUGGUUGAUUUCCUCAAUAAAUAUCUGCCUGGCACCCUGCCGUUGUCGGGGAAGUUUGGCCUCUUCGCCGAGUUCAACAACUCCAACACGGGCCUGUUCACCAUCUUCACGGGACAGGACGACAUCAGGAAGAUCCACAAAGUGGACUCCUGGAACGGCCUGAAGCAGCUGAGGUACUGGAACACCCCUCAGUGCAACAUGAUCAACGGAACAGCUGGACAGUUGUGGCCUCCCUUCAUGACCACAGAGAGCACGCUGCCGUUCUACAGCCCCGACGCCUGCAGGUCCAUGGAGCUCGUUUACCAGCGUCCCGGAAACUUCAAGGGGGUCCCUCUGUAUCGCUUUGUUGCACCCAAAACGCUGUUCGCCAACGGGACGGAUUACCCCCCCAACGAAGGCUUCUGCCCCUGUCGGCAGUCCGGACUGCUGAACGUCAGCAGCUGCCGGCACAACUCUCCAGUCUUCAUCUCUCAUCCUCACUUCUAUAACGCUGACCCUGUGCUGCUGGACUACGUUCAGGGCCUUCAUCCCAAAGAGGAGGAGCAUGGCCUCUUCAUAGACAUUCACCCACAAACUGGCGUCCCUCUGAAUGUGUCCAUCCGCCUGCAGCUCAACCUCUACAUGAAGAGAGUGUCUGGAUUUAACCAAACUGGCAAGAUCUCUGAGGUGGUGAUGCCGAUGAUCUGGUUUGCGGAGAGCGGCUACAUAGACGGCCCAGUCCUCACGACCUUCCACAGAAACCUGGUGAUUCUGCCCGCUGUGAUGGAGUACAUGCAGUAUGGCUUCAUCGCCCUCGGCCUGGCAACGAUAGCGAUCGCCGCCGUGGUGCUUCACAAAGCGAAGGUCUCCGAUAAAGAGCUGAUAAAAGAUGCACAUGACCAUGAAACAAAGGAGAAAUAUAUGGUGAAUAAUCCAGAGAAGUAAAGGUGAUGGCAGCAUCACAUCAGACGGAAACGUGAGCACUUCAGAGGAAGAGAAAGACCCCCUCCUUCAAGACGACGUGGACUGACACACACACACACACCGAAACACCGUCACAAGGUGUUCUGCUCAGUGUGUUUUAUAUCACAUGUUUUUCUGCUCUGUAAAGUUUGUGAAACUCUCGACCAAAGACUCGUUAUGGGCAGAAAUGUUUUGCUCAGGUUGAUUCAUUUCAGUUGCACAGAUUGAAAGGCUGCCUUGAAAAGCUGACUUUGAUUUGAAUUUGGUUUGUGUAACAUGAAGAACUGCACUGAAAAACUGAAUCGAUUAGCGUAAUUAGAAGUUGAAUCUGUUAGUUUGAAUCCCAGUAAACUUGACUCAAGCUUCAGCUCUCUCUGUGUUAAUGUGAAUAAACAAAUAAAAGCUAAACUCCGUACACAAACAAACGAGUUUAAAUGAUUCAGAUGAAGACUUCCUGCACGUUUACUUCCUGAAUUGCUGAGGCUGUUUGGUCUCGUCGGGCGGAGCGAGUGCACGUGCUCCGUCACGUUGAAGCGAUCGCCCACUCGAGCCUGCGUUCAUUCUGCUCAGCGUCAGUGUGGGUCCAAAACAUUUUAUCCUUCAUCAGGACAUCAGUGGUUGACUCUCACUGUGGUGGCUCGUUUUACUGCCAUUUUAAAGACACGUUUCUGUAUCAAAGACAAGGGAACUUGGAGGGCAGAAAAGCUCUCUGCACUGUUUCACUGCCAAAGUGCCUUCGUUAAGGUGUGUAACUGACCUCCAGCUGUUUCCUGAACACUAAGGAUCCCAGUGUUGAAGCUGAAUUUGUUCCUCCGACCGCCAACGGGUGGAGCAGAACGCACACACUCCUCUUUGAAUACAGCUGUCCUCCAUCAGUGUGUGUGUGUUGAAAUGACUGGUGGCAUUUUGUGUCAGAUAUCUUUUUGUUAUAAAUAUGUGAAUGAAGAAAACCUUGGACGUAAUAAAUGUGCCUUUGUUUAAAAUUCUA